CAAAUUACCGGUGCCGGCCCUCCUCCGCGACCUAAGUACUCCCUCCGCCAUGUUUGUACCACCAUAGGGCUGGCUACCUUGGAGUAGGUUAUAAAACAAUGCUGCUAUCAGGCCUCCACGGACAUCGCGGCCGUUUAGCCAUCCUCGCAUCGAUCUUGCUCGCGUUUUGGUCUCUUUCUCUGUUUCUCCGGACUACCCCAUCCCCCAGCACCAUCAAACAUCCUCAAUCCGGAUCUCUUCCGAGCAGUGACCCUUUCAUCGAGGAUGACUUGGAGUUGGAGUUAGCAAACACACCCCUCUCCGCAAUCUACUCUACCCUCGACCUCCUCCUCUCCCUCCACCUCUCCCACCCACCCCUCCCCUCAUCCCAAACCUACCUAGCCGAAACCGCUCGACUCGCACGAAUCCUCACCUCGAUCUCCGCUUGGCCCGCAGGGGUUGAUGAGAAUCAAUUGGGGUUGGUGUUGGAGGAGCGGGUGCUGGGAUAUUUGGAUACGGCGGGGAUUGAGAGGAGGGUUGAGGGGGCGGGGGGUGCGAAGGGGGUUUUGGGGUGGGUGUGGCAGAGGAUUGGAGAGGGGGGUCGGGGGAGGGGGGUUGUCGUUAUUGUUGAUCCGGGGAGGGGUGGGAAGGGGGUUGAGAGGGAGUUGGAGGUAUUUGUGAAAGGGUUACGAGAAGGUGUGAAAUGCACCCUCCCAAUCGAGAUCACAUACGCAGGCGAGUAUGCUCUGAGCGAAGCCCAGCGCGAUUUCCUCCGAGAACACCUCGACAUCACCCAGAUCAAAUUCAUCGACAUCUUCGAAUCCCCCCUCUUCCUCAACCCCCGCUCCCCAACCGGCCUCCCACUCAAGUCUGUCACCUCAAUCACACCCUACGCCAUCCUCGCGUCCGAGUUCGAGGAGGUGGUUGUGUGUCGUCCCGAUACCAUAUUCCUUCAGAACCCGCAAACGCUCUUUUCGGCGUCUGAAUACAAGACGAAUGGAGCGUUGUUUUUCCAUCCAGCCCUCAUCAAAACCGAUUCGACUACGUGGCAUGAACGCACUGAUUGGAUCAUAUCUCAAGUAGGGGCGGAGGGGGUAUCGAGCGAGCUGUCGCACUCUAAGUUUUGGGCAUCACAAGCCGACGGUAUGUCAACCCCCGAUUACGUAUUCGUGAUCAGUAAGAAGGAGAGGGAGAUGGUCUACGCAGUAGGCUUCGCGGGGUGGAUGGCCCUUCCGAACGUCCGCGACCAUUGGCUUCAUACCUGGGGCGGGAACGAGGGCGAGGUGAUGUGGUUGGCGUGCGAGAUGAUGAGGGUUGCGUAUGGCUUCUCCUCAUCUUGGGCCGGAGCGAUUGGCGUUUUGUCUGAGAAUGGAGCGGAGGUGUGUGGGGGGAGGGAGGUGUACGUUAUCAAGGAUCGUCCGGUGUGGUUUGGUGGGGGGUUGAUGAAGCAUGAGGGAAGGGGAUGGGUUGGGGCUAGGGAGAUGGCGUGGACGGAGGGGGAGAAGGUGGAGUGGGGGAGUGGGAGUGGGAAUGGGACGUGUGUUGGGCUUAAGGAGGGGAGGUGGAGGGAUAUGACGGGAGGGUGUGAUCUAGUGGUGGAGAAGAUGGUGGGGAUUGCGGAGGAGGUAUAUGCCAGAACCUUAGCAUAA